AUGGCUGCGAUAGGUAGUGGACGGGGAGCUAUGGAUUCCCAAAACCAAGUGCAAAGUGAUACAGUAGAUCGUUUAAAAUUGCUAUAUCCUAAUGUGAACGAAGAGGAAACACCUUUACCAAGAUCAUGGAGUACUAAAGACAAAUUCAGCUAUAUCGGGUUGUCGCAAAAUAAUCUACGAGUCCAUUACAAAGGUCAUGGCAAAACCCACAAAGACGCAGCGAGCGUGCGCGCGACGCACCCAAUCCCUGCCGCUUGUGGGCUGUACUACUUCGAGGUCCGCAUCGUGUCAAAGGGCCGCGACGGGUACAUGGGCAUCGGACUGUCCGCACACGGGGUUAACAUGAACAGAUUACCUGGUUGGGACAAACAUUCAUACGGUUACCACGGCGACGACGGCCACUCGUUCUGUUCUUCCGGCACCGGACAGCCCUACGGACCCACCUUCACUACUGGUGACGUCAUUGGAUGUGGCGUCAACCUUGUAGACAACACAUGCUUCUACACUAAAAAUGGACACCAUUUAGGAAUAGCAUUCAGAGGAUUACCGCCAAACCUAUACCCAACAGUGGGACUCCAGACACCCGGCGAGGUGGUGGACGCGAACUUCGGCCAGCAGCCGUUCGUGUUCGACAUUGAAGAUAUGCUGCGCGAGCUGCGCGCGCGCACGCGCCUCGCCAUCGACGAAUUCCCACUACCUGAUGACCAAGGACAGUGGCAACAGGUCUUACACAGGAUGGUGUCGACAUACCUAGUACACCACGGCUAUUGCAGCACAGCACAAGCGUUUUCUCGCGCCACUGGCCAGAUGAUUGAAGAAGACAUCGCCUCUAUUAGAAAUAGACAGAGAGUAUCGAAACUGGUAAUAUCGGGUCGUAUCGGCGAAGCUAUCGAGUUGACCCGCUCCCUGUACCCCGGUCUACUGGAGAGAGACCUAGACUUGCUGUUUCUGCUCAAGUACAGACAAUUCGUCGAGAUGGUCAAUGGCUCCGAUUCUGAGGUGUGUGGCGAGAAGGGCGCGGCCAGUAACGGCGUGGCCACGUCCGUCAUCUCGCACACGUCGUGCGCGCCCUCCGCCAACGGACUGCGGGACAAGCAGCCCAACGGCGCAGCAGAGGGCGGCGCGGCGGAGGGCGGCGCGGGCGGUGUUGGGGGCGCGGGGAGUGCGGGGGGCGCGGGGGGCGCGAGCGGGGCGGGGGGCGACGUGGAAAUGACGCCGCCGCACGCCAACGGCGCGCACGCAGAGGGCGACGGCAGCUGCGGCACGCGCGCGUCCGUGGAGCGCAUGCUCGCCUUCGGCCGCGAGCUGUACGCCAUGAGCCAGAAGCUGCAGCAGGACCAGAUCGUCAAGUCCAUGCUAGAGGACGCGUUUAGUCUACUCGCGUACAGCAACCCGUGGGACAGUCCCGUGGGCUGGCAGUUGGAGCCCGUGCGGCGGGAAGCCGUCUGCGAAGCGCUCAAUUCCGCUAUACUCGAGGCCCAGGGCAUGAAGUGGAUCUCGCCGGUGGAGGCGUGCGUGUCGCACUCGCGCGAGCUGCUGCGGCGCAUGUCGCGCGGCGGGCUGGGCGCCUGCGCCUUCGCCGAGCUGGGCGCGCUGCUGCGGCGCUGA